CACUUUCAUUUUUACACACCAUCCAAUGCACUUCUUUAAUCCAUUUUAUCUUGUAAUUUGUAUAUUAAAAAAUUAUAGAAAUUAUAUAUUAAUAAUCUAUAUGUUAAGACAAAUCAAACAAGAUCACGCAUGACUAUAUUUAGGCUUACACAUUGAGAGAAUUUGAUGAGUCAAAGUGCUUAGAUGAACAGUUCCAAAAGGGCCGGAUGGAUUCAAGAACCAUGCAUCAUGCUCUGGUCAUCAUGACUCUCUUUGUGGUUACAUUUUGCGUUAUUAGUCCAUCAGGGAGGACGGAAGCAAGGAAUGUGGCCAUGCCAUGCAAGAACGACGCCGAUUGCAACUACUCACCAAAUUGCAAAUGCGGCGGCUUAUAUCUUUGUGUUUGCACCCCUCCUACUGCGGCAAGCAAUAACGGGUCUCCUCAUCCACUCAACAACGACCAGCCUUUAAUAAUUACAGAGUAGUAUUUCUUAAUUAAUUAAUUAAUUAAUCUCGCAUGCAUCUAUGAAUGUACCAAUAUAAAAUGCAUGCAUGCAUAUGUACGUGUGGAUGUACGACCGGCAAUGCAUGCAUAUGCUUAGUGAAGUAUGCAAUUUAAAUAAAUCAUAAAUGUUAUCGAUGCCU